CAGAUUUCUUCAUUUUGGAGAGUUUGAUUUUUUUUUUUUUUUGAUUUUUGAAUUUAAUUUUUGUUUUCUCAUCAAACUGGAAAUGAAGAAUCGAAUAUCAGCGAAGCCAUGGAUUCUCGGAUUGGCAGUCGCCGGCUUAAUCGCGGGUUCUUUAUUGAUUUCCGGUUACAUAGGAUUCGUGGACAGUAACUUAUUCUGCUCAAUCUCCGGCACCGGAGCACCCAUAAUCACCGGAUAUUCACCGGCGGAAGUCCAGUUUCAGUCGAUAAUCCAUUACGCAACCUCGAAGACAGUUCCACAACAAUCAAUCGAUGAGAUCCAUAUCUCGUACGACGUAUUGAAGGUACGAUGUCCUUGCAACUUUCUGGUUUUCGGGCUCGGCCACGAUUCGUUGAUGUGGGCGUCGCUUAACCCACUCGGAACUACGAUUUUUCUCGAAGAAGAUCCGAAAUGGGUUCAGACGGUUCUUAAAGACGCUCCCAUGCUUCGAGCUUAUCACGUCCAGUAUCGGACGCAGCUUCAGGAAGCAGAUCGGUUGCUCUCAACCUACAAAUCGGAGCCAUACUGUUCGCCAACGAAGGCCUUUCUUAAGGGAAAUGAGAAGUGUAAGUUAGCGCUUCAUAAUCUCCCAGAAGAGAUUUACGAGAAGGAAUGGGACCUGAUAAUGAUCGACGCGCCGAGAGGGUAUUUUGCGGAGGCUCCUGGUCGGAUGGCGGCGAUAUUCUCCGCCGCCGUAAUGGCGAGGAAUAGGAAAGGAUCCGGCGUUACCGAUGUGUUUUUGCACGACGUUGAUCGGAAAGUGGAGAGAACAUUUGCACAGGAGUUCUUGUGUAAAAAUAAGUAUUAUGUCAAUGGAGUUGGAAGGUUAUGGCAUUUCAAGAUUCCUCCGGCGGCCAAUAUGAGCGAAGCCGAUCGAUCUUCCGAUCGAUUUUGUUAGAUCAGAAGGGAUUUGUUCACCGGAAAUUAUUUUUGUCUAAAGAUAGUUAUCGGUCUAGGGACCGGCGGUGAGGGAGUUGAAGGGAAAAUUUUCUUUGGAUAUCAAUAAAAACCCGCCGGAGUUUGAGCUCAUGGGUCGGACGGACAUUUUUGGCCGUCAUCUCCGGCUGUGUUUUCGGCCGAAAAAAAAGUAGAAGAUUUCCAUCUUCUCUUAAUUGACUUUUUGUUCUUUCUUUUACCCUUUUUCUGUAUUCUCUUUUUUCUUCUUGUCGCCCCCACUUUUUUUACCAUGUUUGUAUAAUGAUGAUAUCUUUUAAGUUAAAUUCAAGUAUUAUUACACCAUUAA